CACACUUCAAUUCAAGUGAGAUGAAUUACACAGCCAGACAAAUAACAACCUGAGCGUCGUAGUCAACAUCUUGAGGCAGAUGAACACCUGUGCACCUGCUAAACCCUUUACAACAACGCUUAAUAACGACGAACACACAGUUACAUAUAAAGAGGGUUUUUUUUUUUUCUCAAUAGAUCACGUCUACCGACUUGCGCAACAGUCGGUAAUUUGCGUGAGUUAGAUUUACACAUGCUGACGGCGGUAGCGAUGUCGAUGGCGAACGUGAGCCAGACCCAUGAUUUCAGACUGCAAAUCCGUCACCUACCGGUGUUACGACGCGCAGUGCGGCGAAAAACGACCGAAAACGCCCGAAGUUGCGUCUUUUUGAGGACGAAAAAAAAAGAAAAGAAAUCUGCCUGUGAUUUCCUGUCCUGACAGUGGAGCCUGCACGGGAAGCGGCUCCACGCAGGAGUCCUGCAGGCAGUCCCCUCUUUUGUUAGACUAUCAUGGCCUCUCGUUAUCUGCGUCUCACCUGCUUCCUGGGGCUGGAAGGGGAGAAAAAGCCCCUUUCUGCGCAGCAAACUCUCGGGCAGAACCCAGAAUCCAAAUCAGCAAUGAUAUUCAUGAUAUUCCUAUUUUUGGAAGCGUGUCCCCCAGACAGUGAGGAGGGAAGGUAGGCGUACAUAACUCCCAUCCUCUGGAGCUUGACCCCUUCAAAACGAGCGAUUGAGAAAGGUCUGAGAACACAGGCACACACACACAGAGACAGUGAAGUAUGUGGGUUGUGAAUGUCUUCCACUGGGGAGUGUUGAUGCUCUGCUGGACCGAGCUCUGUGUGGCUCUGCACGUCUCUCAUGGACAUCAGCUGGUCCCGGACCACAAUCCCACAAUGGCAGUCAACGGAGACCACCACAAAAUGAACUCAACAGAGACUCGGGAAAAAACCUCUUCGGCCUCCACGGUUUCUCAUCACGCCCCUCACAACGCUCCGUGCUAUGUGGACGACAUAUUUGCAGCGUUGCGUGAAGGUGUGGGGAGCAACGGUGAACUCUCCAACAGAAGUUUGACUCUGUUUGGAAUCUGCGCAUUAUCUGACAAUUCAUCAGGCUCAGUCUUACUGGAGCUCGCUGAGGAAACAAACAGAAACCAGAGGAAUGGACUGGAGGUUGUGCAUCCAACUGGAGUGCUUGUGGCAGAGGAAGAGGACAGAGGAACGCUGAGUUUGACCUUUGACCUCCCACAGUCUCCUUUGCUCAAGCUGAGCCCUGUGCUGCUCUUGGUGUUUGGGAGUCCACACGGAGGCGGAGACCUGGAUGUCACUUUCACUAGUCAGUCUCUGCAGCCUAGCACACAGUCUGCGUGCGUUUCAGGAGAAACGCAGUUCAUACUACUGACAGGAAAAGCAUCACAGGGCAAAGGUCGCCAGAAAUGGAGGAUUUCUGUUGAGACAAAAUCCCCAGAUAAGAAGCAGAGCCUAAAAGACGUCCUCAUUGGUGAAAAAUCAGGAAGUAACAUCAGCAUAAAUCCACUUCUGCUUUUCUCUUGGGAAACAGGAACUGAUACAAGAUAUAGAAAUGUCUCAGGUUCAUCCCCGGCCUCUUCACACACCUUCUCCUUCCUAUGUGAGCUGAAGCGGUUCCUGGGUGACGUUCUGCCAGGAACCGCUAGCCGGACGUCAGGGGUUCCUGAAUCCCCUCCGCUCAAGCUGGACUCUUUACAGUCCAUGCCUCCCCUGUCACUGGGCUUAUCCUCCAGCGAGACCCUGCUGGCAGGACUGAUCAACUCAUCGUCCCCCAUCGUCUUUUCCUUCAAUAGAAUGGGCUCCAUGUUUCAGGCGCAUCAUGGACAGUUGGCCCUGUCUCCUGCACUGUUGGAGGAGCUCAGGCAGAGGUUGGAGCAGAUUGUGAAGCAGAUAAUGGAGGUAAUAAGGGAGGGGGAGGUGGGGCACAGGGCCACAGAGAGGCUGGUGAGGCUCAAAGAACUCAGUGUGUUACCGAAGAGGGAACCGGCAGCAGGAGGGAGACAGUACCAUGCAUUUCUUCUCCUGAAGGCCCUGCAGACGGUGGCCCGUAAGUAUGAGCUGCAGAGAGGACUGCGGGCCACCAGAGCGGGCCCCGACAACCCAGUGAGGCGCAAUGUUUGCGGGCUGAGGAGCCUCACCAUCUCCCUUGAAAAGCAUCUCGUGGGGCCAAACACCGCAAACAUCAACAACUGCCACGGCUCUUGUGCUUUCCCACUGUUCAAUGCCAACAACCACGCCGUCCUGCUCAACUCCCACAUUGAGAGCGAGAAUGCGGACGAGCGGGCUCCGUGCUGCGUGCCUGUGGCCUACGAAGCCCUUGAGGUGGUGGAUCUGAAUGAACAUGGGACUUAUCUCUCCAUUAAACCAGAUGUAAUAGCAAAGGAGUGCGGAUGCCGCUAAAGCUGCUUUCCCUUUGAAGUGUAUUUGUGACACCAAAGAUAUUUUACUUGUUUGGUUUAAUUGUAACUGACCGUAGCUUGUUAGGUGGAGGAAAAGUGUCACUUCACUUUUUCCACAGUAUUAAUACACUGGCAGAAAGUGCACGUUAAUUCAGAGAGGCCUCUUUAUAUGCCUCCUUGGAGUAGAUGCACUCAUCAAAAUGUUUCAUACACUUACAAAUAAUCAAGAAACAAAAAUAUAUGUUAAAAGAUAUUUAAUAUUAUAAUUCAAGCAUCAGUAUUAUCAUCUUCCUC